CGACAUCGUUGUUGGUUCGGUGGGAACCUAGACUCUGAAGCGCUAUGGCCCCUCUCUCCCUCGCUCGCUCUCUUUCCCGUACCCUUUCCCGUGUCCGCUUUGACCCCUCGCCCCCCCACCCCGCCGUACUCGUCUGUUGACCAGAAGUCGGUUUCCCACCCUUAACCUCGCAUUCCGUCGCAAACGGCUUUCCCCCCUUUGCCCUCAUUACCACCCACUUCCCCCGCCUCCCCCGCCUCAUUUCCACCCGCUCUACUCAUCGACGCGGGCCGUCGUUUGUUUGAGCCCUCGAGCACAAAGCGCGAUACCCUCAGGACCCCGGCGACACCCCCCUUCUCCCCUCUUCCUCACCGUCAUCCAACAUCCAUCGCAAUGCUGUGCAAGCGCUUCGUGGCCAUCCUCGCGCUCGCCGCUUCCACCUUGGUGGCAUCGAGCAGCGCCACGUCCGUAGACGGCGGCGGCCGCGCCGUAGCAGCGCGUCACGCGGCAAUCCAUACACCUCUCCCACGCAUGAUUCACCGUCGAGCAGCAAAGAAGAGCGCCUCCUCCUCCUCCUCAAAGAAGCUCGCCUCCUCCUCGACGACCAAUGCCAAUCCCGGCUACGAUGCGGACAAGGUCCUCUCUGUGGCCAAGAAGCUUACCACCCAUUCAUGGGAGUACGGCAUCCUGGCUGAGGCCCUCCUCGAGUACUACAACGCCUCACUGAGCGUCUUUGGCUCCAACCCUUUCCCAAACGGCAAAGUGCCCAAGCCCAAUGUGGCCACGGUACAAGCGCUGAGCUACGUGAAGCCGAACAUUUCGAUUAGCGGGAACACGCUUAGCAAUGGGGACGGAGCAGCGGGUGAUCCUGCGAGUCUCGUAGUCCCCGCCACCCUCAUUGGGGGAACGAAUGCCGCCUACACGCAAGCCGUAGACAGGCAGAUUGCGCACCUGUUCACCGUACCCCUCUACAGCAACGGAGCCAUCUCGCAGCGCGAAGCAGUCGCUGAGCUCUGGGCGGAUGCCGUCUACAUGUUCCCUCCCGCGUUCGCGUACAAUGCCGUGCGGACCAACAACGAGUCGAUGAUGCACACGGCCAUCAUCCAGUGCUCGCGCUAUCGUCAGAUCCUGCAGCCAACCACCACGGCAGCCUGGUCCGGUCUAUGGCAGCACAUCGUCGGUCCACAAUCGCAGACGCUGGGCAUCUGGGCUACGGGCAACGGGUGGGCGGCGAUGGGCAUGGUUCGGGUGUUGGCCACGGUCAAGAAGUGGGAGACGAGCAAAGGAUGGACCUCUCAACAGGCUUUGCUCACAAAGUGGAUCUACCAGAUCCUCUCUGGCGCCGUUGGGUCAGGAGUGGCGAGCAAUGGCCUCAUCAAGAACUACAUGGUCGGAGGACCCAAUGGAGCCUCUCAGUCUCCCGCUGCGGGAGACUUUGGGGAUGUGACGGGAAGUGCUAUGCUUGCGUCUGCCGCGUAUCGAAUGAUGGUACUUGACCCCUCGGGAGCGAGCAAGUACCUCAGCUGGGCAAAUGGGCUGAGGAAGGCGGUGGCUGCGAGGGUCAAUGGGACCGGAUACGCUGUGCCGAAUGUGGACCCGUUGAACUGGUUCAAUACAAGCCCGUAUUACCAGGGAAGCCCAGAGGGACAGAGCGCUACGGGCAUCCUGGCGGCGAGCUGGAGGGACUGUGUGCAAGCGGGACGCUGUUAGGCUGCGCGAUUGCCUGGCAUUGCUGGU